AUGAGAGUGCUGUAUUCGACUUUCGUGCUCCUGUCAGUAUGUAUGGCCUCGCUAAUGGCCCAGACGUCCAUAAGGAGUAAAAGAGGUCUUCUGGAACUUGCUGGCAUCAUUAAAUGCAGCACAGGAAGGUCAGCUUUAUCCUACUUGUUGUAUGGAUGCUACUGUGGCCUCGGAGGAAACGGCUGGCCCAAAGACAAAGCAGACUGGUGCUGCCACAAGCAUGACUGCUGCUAUGGACAAGCAGAACUUGCAGGCUGCCUGUCACGAACUGAAAAGUAUCAAUGGACUUGUGAGGACAAAGAGGCUGAGUGUGAUUCCCUUACAGACAGAUGUGAGAAAAUGCUCUGCAAAUGUGACAGAGAAGCUGGCAAGUGCCUAAAACAGGCCCCUUUCAACAAAAAAUAUUUCCUUUGGCCAGACUUUCUCUGUGGAAAUGAAAAUCCUACCUGCAAUAUAUACACAUACUAA